UUUGUUUGGCAGAACAAAAGAUGCCUGUCAAAAGUAUAAUUCCCGAUUCAUGUUUACGAGCAAAUAUUGCGAAACAACGUAGGCCAUCAUUACCCUUAUCUCCAAUUUCAGGUGAAGGAACUGGGGAGUUUAAGAAGCGUAAAGAAUCUUGCAUAAAAAACACGCAAUCAUCAAUGAUUCAAGACGAUUAUAGGGAAGAAACAAUAGCAUAUAUGAAAACUAUGGAGAAGGCAACACUAGCAUCACCCAAAAUGAUGGAUUUACAACCAGAACUUGAAUGGUAUAUGCGGCCAUACUUGAUUGAUUUCAUUCUUGAAGUGCAUUCUGGGUUUCAUUUACAACCCGUUACAUUAUAUUUAACUGUAAAUCUAAUUGACCGGUAUACAUCUAAGAGAGUUGUUUUUAAAAAACAUUAUCAGUUACUUGGAUGUGCUGCAUUAUGGAUUGCAGCUAAAUUUGAAGAACCAAAGGAUCGUGUUCCAACCUUAAAAGAAUUAUCUACCAUGUGUUGUGAUAGUUAUCGCGAAGAGAUGUUUGUUCAAAUGGAAAGUCAUAUUAUAAAAACAUUAGAUUGGAUGAUUGGGCAUCCGACGGCUUUUACAUUUCUUCAGAUGAUGACUAUAUAUGCAAAUUUUCCAGAAAAUAUAGUAACACUUGCACAAUUUUUCACUGAACUUGCUUUAUUUCAUCGUGAUUUGAUAUGUUUACCAAGUACGGUAGCAGAAGCAUCUCUUUUUCUUGCACAAUCAAUUUUACAGCCGAAGAAAUAUUAUAUGAUUUCCUCUUCAGAUACUUUUGCAUGCAUUAAUACAUUUCACUCUCAUCUUAAUAAUAUUUCAGAUGUUAUUCUUAAAAAAUAUUCACAUAUUGGUAUCAAAAAGAUAAUUAGUGAUUAUCUUUCCUCAAUUUCAUCAACACGCACUUCUUUACAAGUCAAUUCCCCUCAUACGCCUUCUCCACAUAGACAUUCUCGACAUUCUCAAUUUUACCUUUGCAUCAAUAAUCAUACUUCGGAAACAAUUGCUGAUCAAUUUGGAGAUAUACAGAAAAGUGAAACUGGUCUUCCUACACCACCUGCUGAUGAUAAUGAAUGCAAUCAUUAUGCAGAUGUGAGUCCUAUGACUUGAUUUUUUUAGAUAUAUUUUUAC